GUCUUUAAGGAUUUAAUUAAGGAAUUAAAUAUUUCUGAUUUAAUUCUAAAAAAGAAGAGGCUCAAAAGAAAAAAAAAGGCUUCGUCUUUCUUCUUCUUACGUCUCUGUGGAAAUGCUCAAGGUGACUAGGGUUUAUCACCUCUUUCUUCUUAUCGAAAAUUGAGUGAUCUCUGAAAUGGCUGCGGAGCUUGUUAGUUCUGCAACGAGUGAAAAGCUUUCUGAACUGGAUUGGACCAAAAACAUUGAGAUCUGUGAGCUAGCUGCUCGAGAUGAAAGGCAAGCAAAAGAUGUUAUCAAGGCAAUCAAAAAACGGUUAGGGAGCAAGAACCCAAACACUCAAUUAUAUGCUGUCCAGUUGCUGGAGAUGUUGAUGAACAAUAUUGGAGAGAAUAUUCAUAAGCUGGUUAUAGACACUGGUGUUCUCCCUACACUUGUGAAGAUUGUAAAGAAAAAAACGGAUUUUCCUGUAAGAGAGAGGAUAUUUCUCCUUCUUGAUGCAACUCAAACCUCUCUUGGUGGCUCUUCAGGAAGAUACCCUCAGUAUUACACAGCAUACUAUGAUUUAGUGCAAGCAGGAGUAAAGUUUCCUCAGAGGUCUAACUCCACACCACCAGUUGUGGUCACCGCACAAGCGGUUCCUAGAAGUACGCUUAAUGAACAGCUUGCAUCCGCUAGAAAAGAGAGGACUGCUCCUCCUCCUACUCAGCAGCGAGAAAGAGAAUCUCAAACUACUACCUCCUCUCCUUCUAGCAUUUUACAAAAGGCUAGUGCUGCGUUAGAAGUUUUGAAGGAAGUGCUUGACGCAGUUGAUUCUCAAAAUCCUGAGGGAGCAAAAGAUGAGUUUACUCUUGAUCUUGUUGAACAAUGCGCGUUUCAGAAAGAGCGUGUAAUGCACCUCGUCAUGACAUCAAGGGAUGAAAGAGCAGUGUCUCAAGCAAUAGAAUUGAAUGAGCAGCUUCAGAGGAUUCUUAAUAGACAUGAAGAUUUACUCUCUGGUGGAAUCACGGUGCCAGGCAGGUCGUCUACUACAACUAACGGUUAUCAUUCUACUUCAAAUGGUCACAAGAAACCAAGCAGCUCUAUCUCCAUUGAAGAUGAGGAUGAAAUAGAAGAGGAGCCUGAACAGUUAUUCAGAAGAUUGAGAAAAGGGAAAGCUAGAGCAAUGCCUGAAGAUGAUGAAGAAGAAGAGGCAUCACCACCUCCUCCACAAGUCUUGCUUGGAUCAGCGAUACAUAACGAGAGGCUAAACCGUCCACUCAUUCGUCCUUUACCAUCAGAGGAGUCACCACGCAGUAGUGAUGGCCAUUCGCAGUCCUCCUCCUCCUCCUCCUCGCCUGUUGUGAUUCCACCGCCACCUGCAAAACACGUCGAGAGGCAGAAGUUUUUCAAGGAGAAGAAGGUUGAUGGUGGUGCCUCGGGUUUGCCAGGUCAUAUGAGAGGUCUUUCUGUGCACAGUGGUAGCAGCUCACGCAGUGGAAGUGUGGACUUCAGUGAAUGAAACACUCCCAAAAGCUAUGUCACAUCUAUAAGUAUAUGUAUUCUUUUUUUUUUUUUACUCUUGCUCCUUUUAGGUUUUGGUUAAACUACAGAAAACGUGUCUUUUGUGUGUUGCUGUGUGUCUAGACGAGAUUAUAGCGCCAUGAGAUUAAAAGGUGUCUUGGUUUCACUUUGUUGAAGCAUGAGGUUAUGCUAUUUACAGUAGUGUGCUGUUCCUGUCCUGUUUGUGUGUAAUGAAGCUGAAUGUAAAAAAAAAAACUAUUCAGUUUUCUUGAAUGUAUAUUCCACAUGUUAUGGGCC